GUUCGGCAGUGCUGGUAAAUUCCAGAUUGUAACAUGCGUGCAACCAUCGAUAAAUCGAUUAGUUCGCAGCUUAAUUUAUAUUUAAUAAAACACAAAAAUGAAACCGAGAUCGCAAAAAAGCCAAGGAAAACCCAAUGGAAAACCAAACAGAGGCGCUGGUAAGGUGGGCCACAACCAGAAACCCUACUUCAAGAACAAGAACAACCAAAAGGCCAAAGGGGAAAAGCCAAAUAAACCGGAAAUUCGGAACAUGAAACGCAAGGAAAAGGCUGCCCAGGAGGCUGCGGAGCGGGAGAAAGUUAGAGCGGACCGGGAUGCCCAGGUGAAGGCCUAUAAAAAGAAACGUUUGGAGAAAACCAAGGCCAUCAGCAAAAGGACCCAAAAGGGACAGCCCUUGAUGAAGGAUCGCAUGCAGCUCUUACUGAAGCAGAUCGAGGAGAUGAAACGCAACUAAGUGAGUCGCAGGACCUCUAUGCUACACUAGGAACACUUCCCCAGCCUCACAAUCAGUUGUUCAUCUACACAUACAUAUAUGUAGUGUACAUAAAAACGUUUACUUUUAGAGUAGGGUUACUUUAAUUUUAAUUUAACAAAUUGUUUUUCACAAUUAUAUUCUUAUAAAAAAUGUUACCUAACCAUGUUUUUCUAUGGUCUUCCAAUGGAUUUCUUAUUUAUGUAUUAUAAGUACUUAAAUUUACUUUUUUAUAAAUAAGUUUUCUGUAUUAUUGAUUUUUGUGCACUUAUUUAUUUUUAAAUUCUUAAAACCCAUUAACUAUAAAUCGUUUUAACUGUUACAAGCCAAUAAUACAAUUUGAAACAAAUGCUCCC